CGCUGUGCUCUGGGAUCACUGUCUGCAGCUCAGCACUCAGCUGUUGAGAAAGUCUGACAAAAAAACUCUCGCAAUCGUCAAGAUUCAACUCAGUACAGCAUUUUGCUGUCACAAUGUUGCAGCUCAAGGCGAAUGAAGAUGAGCUCAUCGUGGACAAAGACAAAUACUCAAAGUUUUCUCUUGCUUCAGCUCUUUCUUCAUUUACUAAAUCAUACCCGGAUAGCGCUCUGAACCGGAUCUUUAAAUCCAGAAAGAAAAAGUUUAACAUCACCUCAGACGAUCCAACCUACACGGUAUUGUAUUUGGGAAAUUCAACCACCAUUCAGUCGAAAGGAGAGGGGUGUACGGACGUGGCCAUCGGGAAGAUUUGGAAUAAAAGUGAGAUGGGCAAAAACGGCACCAAAAUGCGCCUGACCAUCAGCGCAGAGGGAAUACGCAUGGUCCACUCCGACGAAAAGUCCAAAAAACCCGGACAUAUGUAUUUACUUCACCGAAUCACGUACUGCGUGGCCGACCCGAUGCUUCCCAAAAUCUUUGCGUGGAUUUACAGACACGAGAUCAAGCACAAAGCGGUGAUGCUGAGAUGUCACGCGGUACUCGUCUCCAAACCUGAGAAGGCGAAAGCGAUGGCACUUUUGCUGUAUCAGACCUCGAGCGCAGCUCUGAGCGAGUUUCAGAGACUCAAACGCCGAGAAGACGCCAAACAUCAGCAACAGAUCCUUAUAGGAGAGCUAUCGGUUCCUCUCGUGCCCAAGAGGAAGACGACGAGCGCGUACAAACCUCCAGUGGAGCGCAGCAGAAGCGCUCCUAAACUUCACUCCAUCACUGAAGAUCUGAUCGGGGAGAAAGAGGAGGAGAGGGCCACGAUGUUUGAUGAGUUUCUAGAUGAUGACUGUUUCAGCAAAGAGGAGCUAUGUGUCAUGAUCAAUGAACUGGGAGAGCUGUGUAUUGGAAAUGAUGUGAAGUCUUUGAAGUCUGACAUGCAGGUGACUCGUCUGUUGUGUGGUGAGAGCACAAGCAGUGAAUCGUCUAUAGACAGUAAUAUAGAGUUGAGCUCUGGAACCGAUUCUGAUGAGUUCACGGAUGAUAAACAUGCAGAAACGACAUACAGCUGAUUAACUUCUCACAUUUCCUCUAAACUAAACAUUCACACUGUGUGUAAACUGUUAAACAGCUUGUGCUUAAAACCUUGAACUGUAAGUUGUAAUGUGACCUCUUUUGAAGCAUUAUACUGAUCUUAAUGUUUUAAAUGCACUGUAAAAUAUAUCUUUGCUAUGCAAACGUUUAAAAUCCUUAAAUAUUUUCUUUCAAUGUAUAGAUGCUGUAUUAUACAGUAUUUUUGUGUUAAAUGUAAAGGUGUGAUUUGUCAAUAAACACAAAGGUGUCAUA